CUGGCCGCUGGGGAAGGAAUCCGACAGGCGUCCCCCGGGGAAGGGGGCCAGUCCCGACUCCCUGGUUCUUCCGCUCUCCGCCGUAACUUUGGGGUGGAGCAGGGGUUAGUGACUGGCGUCUCCCGGGAGCUGGGCGUGAAGGAGGUUUGUGGUCACGGGGGGGUUAUUAUCUUCCCCGCGGCUGCUGGGGCAAUAAAACAGUUGUUUGUAAUCCUGACUAUCGGCGUGGACUCGGGGCCUCCCCGACUGCCCUUCUAAGUGAAAGGCCUGUUCCUUCAAACUUCCUUCCCUCUCACCUUCCUGUGCUGUCUCUUUGCCAGCGCAGCCCAGCCCAGCGCAGCCCAGCCGGGGACGGGCUCGGGCCGCAGGUUCCUGGUGCGCGUGCCACGCCGGGUGUGAGCGAGCCUGUGCGAGAGGCUGGUGUGGACGGCUUCGGUGCGAGUGUGGGGAGAGCCCCCGGAGCCUCACCAUGUCCGGGAAACGGAAGCGAGUGGUGUUGACUAUUAAAGAUAAGCUUGAUAUAAUAAAGAAACUCGAAGACGGAGGUUCUUCCAAACAGCUGGCAGUGAUUUAUGGCAUUGGUGAGACAACGGUUCGGGAUAUAAGAAAAAAUAAGGAAAAGAUUAUAACGUAUGCCAGCAGCUCUGAUUCCACAAGCCUUCUGGCUAAGAGGAAAUCUAUGAAGCCGUCCAUGUACGAGGAGCUGGACAGAGCAAUGCUGGAAUGGUUCAACCAGCAAAGGGCGAAAGGCAAUCCUGUGUCCGGACCCAUUUGCGCGAAAAGGGCGGAGUUCUUCUUUUACGCUCUGGGAAUGGAUGGUGAUUUUAACCCCUCUGCCGGUUGGUUGACUCGUUUUAAGCAGCGGCACAGCAUUAGGGAAAUUAACAUUAGAAAUGAAAGGUUAAAUGGAGAUGAGACCGCUGUGGAAGAUUUUUGUAACAACUUUCGAGACUUUAUCGAACGAGAGAACCUGCAGCCUGAGCAAAUCUACAAUGCAGAUGAAACUGGACUCUUUUGGAAGUGCCUCCCUUCCAGGACUUCAGUAAUCAAAGGUAAAUGCACUGUCUCUGGGCACAAGUCAAUUGACAGAGUCACCAUCAUGUGUUGUGCCAACGCAACAGGCUUACACAAACUUAAACUUUGUGUUGUGGGGAAAGCAAAGAAACCUCACUCGUUCAAGUCAACUGACACCUCGAGCCUGCCGGUCUCUUAUUUCAGCCAGAAAGGUGCAUGGAUGGAUCUUUCCAUUUUCCGACAGUGGUUUGACAAGAUCUUUGUGCCACAAGUUCGAGAGCACUUAAGAUCCAAAGGCCUACAGGAAAAAGCUGUGCUCUUACUGGAUAAUUCACCAACACAUCCAAACGAAAAUGUCCUUAGGUCAGAUGAUGGCCAAAUAUUUGCUAAAUAUUUACCACCUAAUGUAGCUUCAUUGAUUCAGCCCUCAGGCCAAGGCGUCAUAGCCACAAUGAAGAGAAACUAUCGGGCGGGUCUUCUCCAGAGCAACUUGGAAGAAGGUAAUGACCUGAAAUCAUUCUGGAAAAAGCUGACUCUACUGGAUGCACUGUAUGAAGUAGCAAUGGCAUGGAAUUUAGUAAAACCAGUUACCAUAAGCAGAGCAUGGAAGAAGAUUCUCCCUACCAUAGAGGAGAAAGAAGGCUUGGACUUUGAUGAAGAAGAUAUUUCACUGGCUACCGUGGCCACUAUUUUACAGCAUACCAAAGGGUUGGAAAAUGUGACUACUGAGAAUAUUGAAAAAUGGCUUGAAGUGGACAGUACUGAACCAGGUUAUGAAGUAUUAACAGACAGUGAAAUCAUCAGAAGAGCACAAGGCCAGACAGAUGAAUCCAGUGAAAAUGAGGAAGAGGAAAUAGAAUUGAUUCCAGAGAAACAUAUCAAUCAUGCAGCAGCUCUCCAAUGGACUGAAAAUUUAUUGGAUUACCUAGAACAACAAGGUGAUAUGAUUCUGCCUGAUAAACUGGUGAUACGCAAACUUCGAGCCACCAUCAGAAAUAAACAGAAGAUGACCAACUCAAGUCAAUAAUGGCAUUUCAAUGUUAUUGUUUUGGUGAUUGUGUUUGUAACUCUUAACCUCUUUGCAAUAAUGGCUUUUAUUUUUGUGUAUGUGUUCUGAAUUCUCAGACACAGUCCUAUGAAAUACAGAUACAAAAAUGUAUCUGAAGUGGUUUGAGGAUUAUGUGUUUUGCAUCAUCUGUGUCUCUUGUCCCUUUACUUAUGCAUAUAAUCUGAAGCUGGUUCUCUAUAAAUAUAAAUUAUAUGUAUACAUAUUUUUCACUUUUGUAGACCUAUAAUUUUCCAUAGCAGUGGCAUUCCCUAAAUUUUCUAGCAAAAGUUACAGAUAAUAAUGAACAGAUAGAGCAUUUUCCUGAAAUUUUUAUUUGAUUUGUGAGCACUACCACAGUAAUCUUUUUUUGUGCUAACCUCUUAAAUGGUUACCUGUUUUUUGUAUCUGUAUAUGCUGAAAGAAUGAGGAAAUAUCUGUAUUGUUAGAUUUCAGGGUGAUCUAUAACUAAAAAUGAAGUUCAAUAAUGAGGAGGAAAUGAUCUAUGAAUUACAGAAAUAGCUUAGAAAUCAUACUUCUGUUAUAUUUGGGUGGCAACAGGGGAGAUUUUUCUGGAAACGGAAGCAAAUAUGAUAUGGGAAGUGAUUGCUAAAUUAGUGAGAAAACUAUUGGAAAACAGGUAUAUAAAAUAUAUUCUAAUCUAUUCAUUUGUAGAAAACUGGAAGUUGAAAAUUUGGAAAGCUUUAAGUUAUUUAUACAAAGGGAAUAAAUAGGUUUCUUUUAAUUGGGUCUUUUUAUUAUGAAUUGGGUAACAGUGUAGAUUUAUUAUUUAUUCAUCUAAUUAUAUUACAGGUUUUGUAAUAUUACAUGGUUUAAUGUUAUAUGAACUCCCACCUUACAUGUGGGGGAACAUCUUGGGAAUUUGAAAGUUAUUUUUUUUUACUGUGUACUUGAUAUUGUGAGUAAUUUGAAAACAUUUGUCAUACCUUCUCUUUAUUUCCUAUGAAAAGAAGCAAAAGAAAUGAAAAAAAUAAAGUUUUAUUGUUUUUAAUAAGCCAUAGGUUAUGACCUGCUUUAUGAAGAAAGCAGAGAUAAUUAUGGAACGUGCCAGAUUCUUAAGAAUUUCAUCAUUUAUUAUUUUGACACUUGUAGAACAUAUUCUAGUAUUUGUCAAAUUUUGAUAAAUUUGCUUAGUAAAUUUAGUAUGUUUAUUCAAGACAUGAAAAUACUACCUAUGUGAAUAUUAAUUUAAUUUGUGAUUUAAAAGCAAAGAGUCUCCAUAUUAUUUAAUAUUUUGGACCUAAAAAAAAAUUUUAAGUAGAAUUGUUUUCUGUCAGUCAUUUUUUAAGGUUUAACUUUAUCAUAGAAAUACUUUGCAUUUUAUAGUGCCUUUCUUAGAAUUCUAAAACUUCAAAAAGAUUUUUUGCUUUUCAUAAUUUCUGUUAUCUUUACAAUAUAUGUCUAGAUUUUUUAAAGACAUCUGUGAUGAUAACUUUAAAAGUUGUAUGUGCUGCGUGAAUUGCCUCAGUGCACACAGGGAAAAAGCAUCAGAAGUUAACAUAUAUUGAAUCGGAUAAUUACACCUUCUAUAAAUCAAUUGUAUAUAAAUGGAUUUUUCAUUUUUCUGAAAUGAAAAUAUGUACUAAAAGCUUCUUGGAAUUUCUGUCUGGAUUUGCUCACUAUUUUUAAAAAUUAACCUUGUCAGUAAAAUUCAGCUGUAUCAUUGCCACCUAGUGGUUAAGUUAACAUUAUUGUUAAGCUGUGUGGUUUCAAACUUUAAUAUCCAGUAAAAGGUUCACUGUUUUGUGGC